AUGCCUCUUAGUCAUCGAUACCAACGACCUGUGCUACUCAUCUCGUACCCUACCAGAGCAGCUUCUCUUCGUGUGCACUCGUCAGAUCGUGAUGUUCAUCACCCCGAGGCCAACUCGUACAACCACAUCGACGCUGCCAUAUGCGGCGAGCUGAAAGACGAUGCCUGUAAGAAGGCAUGCAAUGAUUUGCUCAAGGGAUCAGAUGUCUCCCAGCGAGUCAUUUACCCUGACGAAGAGCAGUUCAAGGCGGCCGUUGUGGUUCAUCUCGCUCUGGAGCCCGAAGACUUCGGGAAGUUUAACGACUACUGGAAGAAGGGCGAGUGGGCGAAGAGUUAUGACUUGUUUGUGACUCCUGUGUUUUUAAUUUCAGAGGAGUUUGGCCUGCCGUGGCAUGUUGACGAGAACAAGCCGUUCUGUAGCGAGGCGUUCUUAGCUGCUGCAAGCAAGUGGCAGAAGAAAGAGGGGGGUAUCUACACCCUGAGCAUUGACCAGCUGUGCUACACCAUGGUCGCGGUCGAGUUUGAGAUGCUAUCUACCGCAACUGGCGGCGGAAACCGCGGAACAUUGUUUGCUCCAGCGGGUGCGACUCUGGCGGAAGCGGUCGCGACAGCAGGAGGGGGGCCGGCGUCACCUGCUGACGUGUCAAUCAGGAACGGGGUCACAGGAGUCACGGACACCCUACUGGCAGCUGACGGGUCCCGUUUUUUACGGCUGACUUCCGUCUUUCCCGCGUCGUCUAGCAGCGGUAGUAGCAGUAGUAUUAGCAGCGCGUUUGGCGGCCCAGGCGUGUCGCAAGCGCUGUGCGAACUCAAACCCGCGGCGCAGACCAACAAUGUCUCGCAGCAAGCGCAGCAGCAGCAGUCCCCGCGCCAGCUGUCCGUCUCGUUCUUUGCGCGCGCCAGCCUGUGCGCGGAGGGGGGAGGGGGUGCGGACGGGGAGGGGGAGCGGCUGUUGAAGGUGCUGCUGCUGGCAGUUCCGCUCAACGCUUCCGCCGCCGCCGCUGCAGGGGGAGGGGCAGCAGGGGGGGGAGGGGCAGCAGCUGGGGGAGGGGCGGAGGAUGGAGGAGCGGGGGAGCAGGUGUGGGGGGAGUGGAGGGUGGGUGUGCCGCUACCGCUCUCCUUGCUCAGGCGGGCCUGGGGGCCACGGCGGUUCCGGAGCUCUGGGCUGACGAGAGCAGCAGGAGCAGGGGCAGCAGCAGCAGCUGGGCGGAUAGCAGCAGGGGAUGCCGCGCCUGUAUCUCAACGUGAGACAGUAGCAGGGGGGGUUGUGGGAGCAAGGGCGGCAGCAGCCGCGUUCACUGUUGCUGCGAGUACGGGAGCGGGAGCAGGUGCGGGAGCGAAGGUGGGGAUGAAGAGAGAGGGAGUGGCGUUGGAAGCGGGGAGCAGUGCCAUCGACUUUGCGUCUGUCAUGCCCACUCCCGACCCCUCCCCCCUCAAGUCCUUCUCCCACUGGCCGCUCUCCAGCUCCCACCCGCUCCUCACAGCCGGCUCAGCACGUCGCAACCGCUCCUCCCUCUCCCUCACCACGCUCUCCGACCUCAGCGCUGCUGCUCUCGCGUUGCACCCUGCCCCCUUCGCCCUGCUCGCCCCUGCCACGCCCUCCUCCCCCUGCCGCCCCUUCUCCUUCUCCACCUCCUUUGCCUUGCGCAUCUCCUCCCCCAACGCCGCGGGGCUGGGCGGCGAGGGCUUGGCGUUUGUGAUGCUGCCGUCUCCCACGCUCGGCCUUCCGGGGCCGUCCCUGGGCUACGGCCGCCUGCUGCUGCCCCCGGGGAGUACAAUUGGUGCUGAUGAUUCCGGCUCCAUUGGUGCAGUGUCAUCUCAGCAGCACAGGAGCCUGGCAGUGGAGUUUGACACAUCCUCUUCCCCUGAAUUCUUCGACCGCCCCGACCACCACGUGGGGGUGAACCUGCACGGCAGCAUGCUCUCUCUCGCCUCUGCCCCCGUGCACCCCCUCGGCAUUCCGUCCCUCAACGCCGGCCAGACCCUCCUCGCCACCAUCCACUACAACGCCUCCUCCUCCCUCCUCACCGUCUGGAUCUCCCCUGCCCCCUCCUCCUCCCGUUCCCCCUCCCCCUCUCGCUUCUCCCCUCGCUUCCCUGGUUUCCCUCGGUUGACCCGCCCUUCCUCCUCCUCCUCCUCCUCCUCCUCCUCCUCCUCCUCCUCCUCCUCCUCCUCCUCCUCCUCCUCCUCCUCCUCCUCCUCCUCCUCCUCCUCCUCCUCCUCCUCCUCCUCUUCUCGCUCCUCCUCCUACUCCGCCCCCCCUCUCCCGCGCUCGGCCGUGCUGAGCACAUUCCUGGACACCUGCGAGUGGCUGGGGGGGAACGACCCGGAGGCAGCAGCCCCUCCCCCGCCGCUGUUUGUGGGAUUCACAGCGGCCACGGGCAAGGGGGCGGAGCAGGCACAGGCGCAUGAGGUGCUAGGGUGGAAGUUUGAAGUAGGGGAGGCCGAGGAUCCGCUUCCGUUUUGGGCGGCAGACUCGUUCUCCUUCCCCUACAUCACGCCAGCCACUCCCCUGCUGACACGUGGCAGCACACGGAAGCGUUUCUUCGCCGCAGACCUCUCCGUCGCUGCUGCUGACGUGGCAUCAUCCUCCACCAGCCAAUCAGACGAUCCCACCCCUGGGGCCCUCAACUUCCCUCGUCAGACCUUCACGUGUCGCCAGCUCGCCAGCAACCCAUGCGCCCCGGGGGAUGCAUCGACAGCUGCUCACUCACUCACUCCUCUCUCCCCUCUCUGCCCCCCCCUUCCCCCCCAAUUCUCUUUCCCCUCCCCCAUCGUCCCCUCACCAGAGGCCUACACGUGUCGCCAGCUCGCCAGCAACCCAUGUGCCCCGGGGGUGUGCAUUGACGACAUAGACGGCACCUACUCCUGCCUCUGCCCCUCGCCCUACUUCCCCUUCUAUUUCUACCCCAAAGGCUCUGCCCGCUGUUACCAGUUGCAAUUGAUCGAGGUUCGAAUGCCCACCUUCCUGUCUCCAUACGGCCUCACAUGCCCUCUCAUCCUCAACACCUAUGGGCUCACCCAAGCGGACUUCUUCAGCCAAAACAAGGGGUUCCAGUGCAGAGCGCCCAUCCCUGUAGACACUCUGGUUAACAUCACCAGCCGGGCUUUCUCCCAAUGCACUGCCAUGUACACUGCUAAUUAUGGUGACACGCGUGAUUCACUCAGCUGCCUCUUCUCCUCUCUCUGGCCUUGCCCACUCACUCAGUUUUCACCCCCAUUCCCCUUCCCUCGUCUCCCCGUCCCUGGUCCGGGUGACACGUGUGAUUCACUCAAUGCCCUCUUCUCCACGCAGAUACAGCCGCUCAACCCCGCGCUCAGCUGCUCUGAUGGGCCCAGGCCCAGCCAGCUCCUAUGUGUGGACUUCAACCAAACGUGGCUAGAACAGGGAAAAACCCGCGUACCAUGCGACCUCUUAGCCCAAAUCACCCCAACAGCAACCGGAGCCACACCCAGCCCUCCACCACCUCCUCCUCUAGCCAAUUACACGAGUGACGGAGCGCUGGUGACUGUGGUGCAGGGCCCGCAGAGCUGCCAGCAGCUGUGGCGGGCGUUUGCCAUCGCUUCCCCCACGCGCUUCUUCCAGAUGAAUCCCGGCCUCUCGUGCGACUCUCUGCUGCCGCACAGCCCCCUGCAGGGGAAUAUGAUGAGGAAGGUUUGA